AGAGUUGCCUUAGCCUCUGCUGUCCAGACCUGGCACAUGCAAGCAACGAGCGUUAAUUAGUGCAUGUUCCACGAGAGCAAAGGAAGGGCCUGUGCCUGUGGACUUCGCAGGCCUGUGUGUGGAAUGAAAGUCCUGGGUACGUCUUCACUUGGCCUCUUGCCAGCUAUUUUGUUUCUCCACAUCAGCUAGUGAAGAUGACGGGGAGAGACAACGAGAGCUGCCUGCAGGCAUUCAUCUUGGUGGGCUUUUCCGAUCGUCCUCGACUAGAGAUGGUUCUCUUUGUGUUUAUCCUGGUCUUCUACAUCCUGACCCUGGUGGGCAACACUGCCAUCAUCCUCCUGUCGGUCUCAGAUGCCAGGCUCCACACACCCAUGUACUUCUUUCUUGGCAACCUGUCUUUCCUGGACCUCUGCUUCACAACCAGCAUUGUGCCCCAGCUGCUCUGGAACCUUUGGGGUCCAGACAAGACCAUCACCUACCACGGCUGUGAGGCCCAGCUGUACAUCUACAUGGUCCUGGGCUCCACGGAGUGUGUCCUCCUGGCCGUCAUGUCCUACGACCGCUACGUGGCUGUCUGCCGGCCGCUGCACUACGCUGUGGCCAUGCACCCACGCCUCUGUCUGCAGCUGGUGGCUGUGUCGUGGUGCUGUGGCUUUCUAAACUCCUUUGUCAUGUGUCCUCAGACGAUGCAGCUCUCCCGGUGUGGGCGUCGCAGGGUGGAUCACUUUCUGUGUGAGAUGCCUGCUCUCAUCGCCAUGUCCUGGGAGGACACCAUGCUGGUGGAGGCGUUUGCCUUUGCCUUGGGGGUUGCCCUUCUCCUGGUGCCCCUCUCCCUGAUCCUCCUCUCUUACGGCUUGAUCGCUGCCGCCGUGCUCAGGAUCAAGUCAGCGUCGGGGCGCAAGAAGGCCUUCAACACCUGCUCCUCUCACCUAGCGGUGGUCUUCCUCUUCUACGGGACCAUAAUCUACAUGUACCUGCAGCCAGCCAGCAGCUACUCCAAAGACCAGGGCAAGUUCCUCACUCUCUUCUACACCAUCGUCACGCCCAGCGUCAACCCUCUCAUCUACACUCUGAGGAACAAGGACGUGAAGGGGGCCAUAAAGACACUCCUCCGGUGGGAGAGAGGGGCACGGGCAGCCUAAAUGAGGGGGCACUGCAGUCCUGAGGGG